AGGGACCAGGUCUCCGCGCCAUCACCACCCCAACCUGGGCAGCAUGUGGAACGCGACGCCCAGCGAGGACCUGGAGCCCAACGGCACGCUGACCGACCUGGAUUGGGAUGCUACCCCCGACAACGACUCUCUGGCGGAUGAGCUGCUGCCGCUGUUCCCCGCGCCGCUGCUGGCGGGGGUCACGGCCACCUGCGUGGCGCUCUUCGUGGUGGGCAUCUCCGGCAACCUGCUGACUAUGCUGGUGGUGUCCCGCUUCCGCGAGCUGCGCACCACUACCAACCUCUACCUGUCCAGCAUGGCCUUCUCAGACCUGCUCAUCUUCCUGUGCAUGCCCCUGGACCUCGUCCGCCUCUGGCAGUACCGGCCCUGGAACUUCGGCGACCUGCUCUGCAAACUCUUCCAGUUUGUCAGCGAGAGCUGCACCUACGCCACGGUGCUGACCAUCACCGCGCUGAGCGUCGAGCGCUACUUCGCCAUCUGCUUCCCGCUGCGGGCCAAGGUGGUGGUCACCAAGGGCCGCGUGAAGCUGGUCAUCCUGGUCAUCUGGGCUGUGGCCUUCUGCAGCGCGGGGCCCAUCUUUGUGCUGGUGGGCGUGGAGCACGAGAACGGAACCGACCCGAGGGACACCAACGAGUGCCGCGCCACCGAGUUCGCGGUGCGCUCCGGGCUGCUCACCGUCAUGGUGUGGGUGUCCAGCGUCUUCUUCUUCCUGCCUGUCUUCUGCCUCACCGUGCUCUACAGCCUCAUCGGGAGGAAGCUGUGGCGGAGGCGCGGGGAUGCGGCGGUGGGCGCCUCGCUCAGGGACCAGAAUCAUAAGCAAACCGUGAAGAUGCUCGCUGUUGUGGUGUUCGCUUUCAUCCUCUGCUGGCUGCCCUUCCACGUGGGAAGAUAUCUGUUUUCCAAGUCCUUUGAGCCUGGCUCCCUGGAGAUUGCUCAGAUCAGCCAGUACUGCAACCUUGUAUCGUUUGUCCUCUUCUACCUCAGCGCUGCCAUCAAUCCCAUUCUGUACAACAUCAUGUCCAAAAAGUACCGGGUGGCGGUGUUCAAACUUCUGGGAUUCGAAUCCUUCUCCCAGAGAAAGCUCUCCACUCUGAGGGAUGAAAGUUCGCGGGCCUGGACAAAGUCGAGCAUCAACACAUGACCGGCACACUCUGCCGUGCAUCAUCAUCGCUUAUUACUCCA